GUGUCUGCGGCACAGCCGGGUUGGUGAGGGGAGAGCGGCCACCCGCGCCCCAAACGUCUCUGUCCUCCUUCCCUUCUCGGCGUGAGGGCGAUUGGGUCCCAGGGAGUCUACCCCGAGUGAGGCUGGGUUUGCGGGGGACUUUCUGUUGACAACACAAAGGGUCUGGUCCCAGCCUCCCGUCUCAGUCCCUUCUGUCCUGACGCAGGGACGCACCAGGAGCAGAGAUGUCCUGGCCCGGCCUUCUCCGCGGCCUCACCACGUCCCUCAGUCGUGGCCUGGCCCUAGGCCCCCAGCUCUGGGCCACACGUUCCAUGGCCACCCUGAACCAGAUGCACCGCUUAGGCCGCCCGAAGGAACCCCCUAAGUCUUUGGGCCCUACAGAAGGCCGGCCACAGCUGAAGGGUGUGGUGCUACGCACAUUCAUCAGAAAGCCAAAGAAGCCCAACUCUGCCAACCGCAAGUGCUGCCGGGUGCGUCUCAGUACGGGCAAGGAGGCCGUUUGCUUCAUCCCUGGCGAGGGCCACACCCUCCAGGAGCACCACGUGGUCCUCGUGGAGGGUGGGCGCACCCAAGACCUGCCUGGGGUUAAACUCAAAAUCGUGAGGGGCAAGUAUGACUGUGGCCACGUGCAGAAGAAAAAAUGACCAUGCCUCAUAGUGGUCAGGCACCGGGUCCCCGGACACCAGCCCUGUCUGCUCCAGGGGCAGCUAGUCCUGGGUUCAAGUCUCAUCCCAGCUCCUCAAGACUCUGCAGGAGUUCUGGGGGUUACCUGGAAUCAAGCACCCCUCUAUCCAUUCUCUUGGCUUCCAUGUCCGAUGGUCCACAGGCGGGGCAUAUUGCUGGCGUGGGAGUUGUAAUAAACACAUGUGCAGGUCGUGGUGUCACCCA